AUGGCGCUCGUCAACAUCGGUGCGUCGAACGCAUCGGACCAGUUUUAUAGGUACAAGAUGCCUGCGGUCGUGUCAAGAAUCGAAGGGCGUGGGAACGGGAUUAAAACCAACGUCGUAAACUUGGUGGACGUCGCAAAAGCGUUGGCGAGGCCACCGACGUACGUUUUGAAAUGGUUUGGCUUUGAGUUAGGGGCGUUGACAAAGUACGAAGAGAAGGAUGGGAAGUGUAUCGUAAACGGCGCGCACGACGCGAAAGUACUCGCGGAACAUUUGGAAGUGUUCAUCAAGAAGUUUGUGCAGUGCUUCUCGUGUGGAAAUCCAGAGACUGUGUUUUCUAUCGAUAAGAGAACGGAGUUGAUCACGAUGAAGUGCAAAGCGUGCGGGCACGUGUCCGAAUGCGAUCCGAGACACAAGCUGUGCAACUACAUCGUCAAAAAUCCGCCGCCAAAGGACAAAUCGAAGGAGAAAAAAGAUAAGCAGUUGAGACGUGCUGAACAAGAACGCGAAAAUGAAGGUGCAGAGUUGGAUGCGGCAGAGGAGAAAAGAAAGAAGAAAGAGGAGAAGAGGUUAAAGAAACUCGCCGAACAGAGCAGUCAAAACGAAUCUUCGGACAAGGAGAAGAAAAAGAAGAAGAAAAAGUCCAAGGGAGAUGACGACGACGGCGACGUCGAGUGGGCGACAGAUACCUCCGCGGCUGCUGCAAAAGCUAGAGCGGAAGAACAGCUCACGGGUAACGCUGCUGAAAUGGUUACGGUGUCCAAGGAAUUGAAGACGCAAUUGUCGCUAACAGAAACGAAAGAAGAAGAGGAAGAGGAUGAGGAGUCGGAAUCUGAAUCUGAAGAAGAAGACGAGCGAAUCACGAAACUUCGCGCGUACGCGGCGAAAGUAAACGACGUCGAUCAAACUUUAGAGUUUUUGAACAACAAAUUAGGAGUCGGUUCGGACGAAUUGAAGGUUUACUUUUUGAUCGAAGCGAUUUUGGACGACGAAAAACCGGUGCCGCUGCAACUCAAGAAGAAGAAAGCGUUUAUCUCCAAGUUUGUCGGCGACGACGAGAAGAAACAAAGAGGUUUAUUGAACGCCUUCGAGUUAUACGCCACAGAAACUAACACUGACGCGUACAAGAUCUUUGCUGCUGUUUUGAACGCUUUAUAUGAGCUCGAUUUGUGCGAAGAGAAGUACAUCCGCGAGUGGUUUGAAGAACUUCGCUCGGCCAAAAAGUUUGGCGUCGACGAGAAAACUGCCAAGGCUGUUCGAAAGCAAGCGGCAAGUUUCAUCGAGUUCUUGGACGAAGAAUCUGACGAUGACGACGACGACGACGACGAUUCGGGCGAUGAUGAUUCCGAAUAA